GCACUUGGUGCACGGUACCCGUACAAUGAUUAUGAUACAAAAUUACUGAUGAGCCAGCCAGCCGUGCAUCCCUACUGCUCGUAUCCAGCUGCACCUGCGGAGUCACAAUACUGCUGUCCAGGCGUACCCACGCAGACCUAUUUCGGGCAGCAGUCAACAAGCGCUGAGCUGAUGCCGUCGUCCGCUGCUAUUCAGGCUUAUAAUAGCGCUAUCGCAGAAUUGCCGAAUGGUUAUGAUGCCUUCCGGAAUACUGGUUUUGAUGCAUUUGCAUCUUAUCAAAUGCCGCAACAGCCUGUCGCUGAUGGCAGUAACCUCGGCGUUUUUCCAUCCCAAACGCUGAUGAUUUCGCAGCCGUCGGCGUCUGCCCGGACAUCACCGAGUAUCACAAGCCCAACAAUAUUACAGUGUCAUCGCUGCGCUUGCUACGCUUCAAAUCUUUGGGAUGGAUUUUGUGCAAAGUGUGCAACCGGUGUCAUGGCGCAGUACGGUAGCAGUAACAUCAUUGGCACCACCAGUAGCAUCACAAAUCGACCCGAAUUGAUGCAUGUAAUUUAUUUUUUUGAAACUGCUAGGCCUCACAAUGAUUUUUUUUAA